CGGAAACUCACGGUGACGUUUCCGUGCAAGUUCUAAGACAGUUUGUCGGAGAAUGGCUGCCAGUGGAGAGAUAAACAGGCUGUUACAGAUACAGAAUGGGACCCCAGCAAUCACUAGCUACAAUGGCGUGGAUGCCAUGCAUGCCUGUAACCUACUCCAGCAACUUAAAGCCUUGUAUGAUGAUGCACAACUGACAGACAUUGUGGUUAGAGUAGACAAUGGGCACACUUUCUCCUGCCACAGGAACAUCCUUGCUGCAAUCAGCCCUUACUUCAGGUCUAUGUUCACUAGUGGUCUCACAGAAAGCAGCCAGAGGGAGGUCCGGAUUGUGGGGAUCGAUUCGGAGGCCAUGCACCUCGUACUUGAUUAUGCAUAUACCUCUAGAGUCACGCUCUCCGAAUGCAACGUCCAGGCCCUUUUUACAGCAGCCAGCAUUUUUCAGAUCCCUGCCCUUCAGGACCAGUGUGCCCAGUUUAUGUUGAGCCGUCUGGACCCCCAAAACUGCAUUGGGGUAUUCAUGUUUGCCGAUGCCUAUGGACACCGGGAAAUGAAGGAGAAGGCUCGGGAUUACAUCCGUAAGAAGUUCCUUUGUGUGUCAAAGGAACAAGAGUUCCAUCAUAUGACCAAAGAGCAGCUGGUCAGUGUCCUCAACAGUGAUGACCUGAAUGUGGAGAAGGAAGAGUAUGUGUAUGAGAGCAUCAUCCACUGGUUGGAGUAUGAUCAGACAAGGAGGGAGCCAGACCUUAUGCAGGUGAUAACCACUUGUGUCCGACUGCCGCUUCUGGAUGAAGCUUUCCUCAAGAAGAUCCCACCAAGCUUUGCUCAGGCCAUGGCCAAAGAUUGGCUGGAGAAGAGCAAGUACAACGAUGGCAGCUGUCCUCAGCGGCUGGGCAUGACCGCAUCAGAGAUGGUAAUUUGCUUCGAUGCUGCCCAUAAACACUCAGGGAAGAAGCAAACUGUGCCUUGCUUGGACACCACCACUGGGAAGGUUUUCAAGCUCUCUAAACCACCCAAUGACCUUCGGGAGGUGGGCAUCCUGGUGACCCCAGAGAAUGAUAUCUACAUUGCUGGGGGCUACCGGCCGAGCAACAGUGACUUGAGCAUUGACCACCGGGCAGAGAAUGAUCUCUGGCUGUAUGAACAUGCAGGGAACCGCUGGCUGCCCCGGGCACCCCUCCUCCGUGCCCGUAUCAGUUGUCGGCUGGUGCACUGCUGUGGGAAGAUCUAUGCCCUGGGUGGGCGUGUCUAUGAGGGUGAUGGUCGUAAUGCGCUCAAGUCUGUGGAAUGCUAUGAUGCCAGAGACAACUACUGGAUGGCUGUCAGCCCCAUGCCCAUUGCCAUGGAGUUCCACAGUGCCAUUGAGUACAAGGACCGCAUCUAUGUCCUGCAAGGUGAGUACUUCUUCUGCUAUGAUCCGCACAAGGACUACUGGGGUGCUAUGGUUCCCAUGAGUGUUCCUCGGAGUCAGGGACUGGCUGCCCUACACAAGAAUUUCAUCUAUUACAUCGCUGGCACUGGCAAGAACCACCAGCGCACAUUCAUCAUGGAGGCCUUUGAUCUUGAGCAGAACGUGUGGACUCGAAAGAAGGACCUGCCUUUUGACCAUGCCAGCAGCCCCUACAUCAAGGUAUUGCAUCUCCACGGCAAACUGCACCUGUUUGUUCGGGCCACGCAGGUGACUGUGGAAGAGCUUGUCUUCCGGACCAGUCGCAAGAAUUCCCUCUACCAGUACAACGUGGAGACCGACCAGUGGAAGAAGGUGUACGAGACACCCGAUCGCCUCUGGGACCUUGGCCGUCAUUUUGAAUGCGUCGUCGCCAAGGUUUAUCCGCAGUGUCUUCAGAAAGUCCUCUGACUGUGAAGGGGUUGGUGCUGUCAAAUGAUUAAAACUGCUGGGGUGCCUAGUUCUGCUUCCCCGCCUGCUGCUGUCCACUUUGGCGAUACAAGAGUUUUUUUUUUUUUUUUUUUGGACAUUAAAAUUUCAUGUUGCAAUGAUGGGUGCUUGUAAAGCUUGCAGUAUUUAGUUUUCCAGUUGCCCUCCUCUGUGAUUUACAGUGGUACAGGAAUCACAAGUGCAAUUAAUGUUUGCUACAGACUUUGCUUUUUUGUUUAUCAUAACAAAAAGAUAUAGUUUCUCAUUUGGUUGCCAAGUAGUUGUCUGAAUGUCAUAAAAAUGAAAUUGCAUACGGGUAUCAUCAUCAUCAUCAUUGCUGCUUACUAUAUUUAGUCUUAAUUUUCUUCUGGUUUUGUCUAACUACACCUCAGUCUUCAGGUUGAUAGUUCAAUAGUAUGUUACCAAUUAGAACAAUUUUGCAGACUUAUAAAUGGAUUAGUUUUAUCACCUUCAAGCACAGUUGUGCAAGUCUUUAAUUCUUUAAGUGGAAAACUUAAGGCAGUUGAAAUUAGCCACAUUUUGCAGCCAACUCUUUUAUGAUCUUGGCUAUGAUUCGGAGUUUUAGGUUGCUCAGUUAAAGUGAACCUGGUGUUUGUGACUUAUGAACUGCUUGGCAGUCAUUGCCUUGAAAUGCAAAGUUAGAUGUGCUAAAGGCACAAUACCUCUCUGCCUCAGCAAGUUUGACAUGAGUGAAGUAAACAGGAACAAUUUAAGGUAUUAAUAUAUUAAUACAUACAGCAACUAAGCAUUAUCUUUUUUGGUAGCAUGUUUCCAGUUGCAGGUCAAACAACUUUAAUUUUUAUGAUAGCAUUUGAUAUACCUCUUACAUGCUAGGCUGUGUAGCCCCCAGUGAGAAAGAACAGGUUGAUUUUGGUAGCAAUAACAGUGAUGUAAUGAGUAUGUUAACUGCUAUUUCAAGCUGCAUGACUGGACGUCAAUUGGAUCUGCAUUAUCAGCGUGAAGGUCAGUCCAG